GAUUCGUUAACAUGCAUUUCUUCUCUGCCGGCGCAUUCAGUUUGCGGCGUCGUCUGGCGUGCACUCCACGCGCUCCUUGUGGAUCCACUUACCAGAAAAAGCUGUGCGACUUGCGUUCUCAAAUGUUUGACUUCGCUUCCCACAUCAAAGAAACGAGAUCUUCUUCGCACCACACCUUUCGCGUGCUGUCAACUCCUGCUAGCGACAGUACUAUGAGACAAGACGGAUUUGGAGUCGUUCGGAUUGGUUCCCAACAAUACAAAGUCUUCUGUGGUGAUUUAAUCUUAGUCGAGAGGCUUGCUCACUACAAUGUUCGGGACGAGGUCUUUCUUCGUGAUGUCAUGAUGUUCUCUUCAAAAGACUUGACCCUCAUUGGUCGACCAACACUGAAGAAAGCGGCAUUUCACGCAACAGUUGAGGAGCAUUUCCGCGAAAUGGAGGUGCCGGUGCACAAACAGAAACGCCGUAAAAGUAGCCAGCGCACGACAAGCGAGCGGCAGGUCAUGACUGGACUACGAAUUCAUGGCUUCGCGCUGGAAGGAAAUCCAUUUCUGCAGGCUACAGGAGGUGAAAUAACUUAGUUCAGUGUGCUCUAUAAAAAUCCAUCACAUGA